UAUCAUUGAUGAUACAGAGAACAGUAUAUACUGUUCUGUAAUUCGACUUACGAUAUAUCGAUUGUUUUGCACAGAAGGCCAGCCGAAUCAUUCGGGAAUUCACUUCAGAGCAUAUCAUAAAGAAGAAAAGGUCCAAAAUGGCGCCGCACUUGGCAGUUGUCUGUUGUACAAAAUAGGUUAUCGGGGAGUACUGUAUGCGUCGAAUAUUGCGUGAGCUUUAACGAGAAACCGUAGGAAAUAUUAUGGUCGGCUUUAGAUAAAAUUCGUGUGCACGGUGCGUUAUAAUCUCCCGUACAUUGAGUGCAUUCCUAAGAUAAUGGCCGAAAAUGUUAUCACAAGUAAUGACGAGCUCCUGAAAAACAUUAAGUCCUUGCUCUGGGGUUCGACGGUCAAAGAGGACGUUUUCAAGCGAUGGGCGCAAGGCUUUUCCUUCAGCGCAGAUGAACCUACUGCACUUGUACAGAGAGAAGGAGGGCCUUGCGCCGUAAUAGCUCCGGUUCAGGCAUUUAUUUUGAAGCAGUUAUUAUUAGAGGGCGAUGUUGUGACUUGGAAAGCUAUUGAGGCUGAGAAGUGUGAUCAAUUACUUGUGAAAGCAAUGAUCGAAAUUGUUAAUCAAGCUUCUGAUAUCCAGGAUCCUAAGUAUUCAGUAGUAUAUACUAAUCACUCAAAUGUCUUUGCAUCUAGUAAAGAAGCUUCUGAUCCUAAAUCUGCAGAGUCUAUGGUAAAUUCAGUCGAAGAUACUAGUGAAAGUAGCCAAACUAAUAAAACUCAGGUCACAGAGCAAACAUUAGAAUCAGAAGUUUUUCAUUCUCAACUAAGGAUAUUCACUACAAACAACAUCGAUGAUAUCGAGGAUUACUUCACAGAACGGAUUGGAAUGUUGAAAGAUCAAUACGGUGUACUACUGCUACUUUAUACUGUGAUGUGCACAAAGGGAAUUUCAGGAAUAUGCUCUGAAAUGUCAGAUCCGACAGAACCCAUGAUUGAUUCUACAUAUGGAUACGGUAGUCAAAGUUUGAUCAAUUUAAUGCUAACUGGCCGAGCAGUUAGUCACGUUUGGGAUCAUGAUCAAGAUAUUGGUGGACUGAAAUUACGUGGUAUAGAUAAGCAGAAUACGGUGGGAUUCCUGGCUCUUUUAGAGCAUUUGCGAUAUUGCGAAGUGGGAACAUUUUUGAAGUCACCGUCGCAUUCUAUCUGGGUGUUGGGAUCAGAAACGCAUUUAACUGUGCUCUUUUCUACUGAGAAGCGAUUAGUGAGUCCGGAGACACCGGCGGAACAAGCACGAAGAAUCUUCAAGCGCUUUGAUCCAGAAGGAAAUAACUUCAUCUCGGCGAAUUUACUACAGGAUGUAUUGGCAGAAUUAGGAUUGGUAGCCGAUGCGGAAUACGUCGAUAUCAUGAGAAAGAAGUUGGAUAAUGAAAAUCUUGGGAUAAUACUUCUCGCGUCAUUCAUGGACGAAUUUUUUCCCGAGGAACGAUGCAUGUGUCCGGAUACUUUUGUCUUGUAUCAUUACAAUGGUCUACAACGUAGCAAUCCGGAGAAUAGAGUGAAGUAUCAUAAGGGACAAGCAGUAUUGCUUGAGUGCACUGUGAAGUGUAUUAUGGAUAGUAAUCCUAUGCUGACAGUCCUGCAGACAAAGUGGCCAAGAAUUGAGAUACAGUGGGACAUAGAACGAAAUCCUAGUUUAAAUUAGAAUUCAUAAACUAUAAAACAUAACGGACGACGUAGAGUGACCUGAGCAAGCGCUUCUAUAGGAUAUCGUCGAGAAUUACCACUUCAAAACCGUAGUCUAGUCAAAUCGGCCACCUUCUGAUUCGGGUCAAUGAACACAAUGAUAUCAAGCAAAUAUAUCUGCUAAUAAACAACAAUUAUUUUCACGGAAGUAUCUAGCAAUUUGUGCAUAACGCAUAUAAUUGCUGAAGACUAAAUAUAUCCUAUGUCUAAAUAUUGUAUUGUGUCAUAUUUGUUUUCACACGAGAGCAAGAGUCAACUUAUUUUCUACGCAAACCGUAAGUCGUUUUGUUGUGUGCAACGGAAUAUCUGUAUUUUCGAACGCUUCGCAAAAUUCUAUACGAUAGAAUUUGACGGUGGUCGAUUGUAAGUAACUUACAAAUAUACAAAAUCCCUUGGCGAGGAUUUUAUUUACUUAAUUGUGCAGUUUAUACUUCAUAAUGAGAUCUCCCGUUGCAUUACAGCGGAAGAAUUCGGACUUUAUCGGACAAACCAUUAUUGUAUGUUAUAUGAUAUGUGAUCAUAAAAAAAAAAUCUUACUCUAAAAUAUUACAAGAUAUUAUUUUAAAACUAUGUGCGUAUAUUGUUAUUUCGCAACUCUUGUCGAGUAGCUCACUACGCUUAAUGAAACAUGACGAUAAAUAAUCGAGGUUAAGAACAUAGAGUUCUUAACAAAAGCGCCUUUUCAACUAAAAAUUUUAACCGUAUCUUUCGUCCAGUUACUAGAACUAUAUUUAAAGACAAAGCUAUGAAUUUGCUGAAAACUAAUGUGCGAAAUAAAAUAUAACGUUCUUUCA